AUGGCGGCAUCAGUAAUGGCAGCCCAUCAGCUGCAUCAACCCGGACCAGCAUGGCAGGAGGGAGAAAAGGACGACCGGACUGGCAGUAGCGUGCCGAAGAGCCUAGACGAGCGAGAUGGGGAUCGUGGUCAGGACAGGGACGUCGAUGGAGACGUAGAAACGAGGCAGCUUCCAUCGCCUCGUCCCUCGCCCGCUGUCGAAGCUUUCCCAGUACUCGAGAUGGCGCCCUCGACCUCCAGCACACCGCCCGGGGCGGACCCAGGCAAGCUGAAGCACGACGACUCGACAAAUGACGGCACCGAUGCCUCCGGCAUUGCGGACAGCCAAGAGACAAAGGAAAACACGUCCUCGUCCACCGAGUCCUCAACCAACAGCAGCGACGAAUCCUCGUCCUCCUCUGCUGGCGAGGACGCCCCUGCCGAGGCCUCACCGACGAAACCAAGCGACUCGACAGCCAAGCCCAGAACACCGUCCACCAGCAGAAGCGACACGACUGGGAAUGGGAAUGUGCGCAAGCUGUCGGCAUCCCAAAUGCAGGCCCUGGCCACCUCGCCAGAUUCCCUGCCCAUUGCUGUCGUUCCUCCCCAAUCGCCCGUCUCGAGUCAGCGCAAACCAAACGGAGUUGAAUAUCCGAUGUCUGCUGGCAUCGUCGAGGCCGGCACCCGCCCUUCUAUGGCCGAGCAGCUGCAGAACGAAAUACAGAACCAGGCCAACCAGAACGGCUUUGUCAAGUUGCCAGCGCCCAUGUCGAAAACACUGCCCGAACCUGUGCGAUCGCGAUACUUUUCCGAGAACAGCAAUGCGGCCCUCAGGAAUGCGGGUGCUCCCGACUCGAGACGGCCCCCGGCUGCUUCUCGUACCCUCUCGCAGCCGCCCAUCACGCGAAGACCUACAGUGGGCAGCGCGACUCUCACGACCCCAAGCACCACCCGACGGAAUUCCUUCAACCCGGCAGCAAGGCCUCCGCCCUUGAAUCUGGGUAGUUCCAGCAACAUCACACCGAUCCCCAAGCGGACAACACCAGCACCUCGCAGAGCAGACAAAACUCCCAUGGAAGAGAGGGAGGAUGUCCAGCUCGCCCCGGCCGCUCCCAUACAACCGGCAAUCCCGCUGCCGCCCAUGUCGUUGCACACCCAUCUGCAACUGGAACUGGCUGGCGUCCGGCCCAGCCCUCUCUAUAUCUACCGCCACUCAUCUGUAGACGUUCCGUACGAGUCCAGCGCUGUCAAGUUCGAGAGACUGCUAAACGCUCUCCUGCUUCCUCCCUACCUGGAAGCUACCCUCACCUUUGGCGCUCUGGCUUGCUUAGACGCCUUCCUGUAUACUUUCACUCUGCUGCCUCUGCGAUUUGUCAUUGCUGUAGGCGUGCUAGUGAAAUGGUGGGCUUACAUGUUUUGGAAAGAGGUCAAGUGGGUUACGGGCUUUGUGUGGCAGGGUAUCUGGCGCUUGUGGAGGAGAGGCCGGAGAGGCCGGUCAUCGUCGCGUCCUUCUAGAAGCAGGACCAGCAGCAGCCAGUCUACCAGCGAGGUUGAAAGGAGUCAAAGUCGUGCCAGAGAGACGAGCAAUGCCUCCGAAUCUCUGGACAACAUCCGCCUCAACGGCAAUGCUGCCUUGCGCCCUCCGAAACACGCAAUGCCGAGGAACCCGCCUGGCGUCUUUCGACAUCGAAGAACAAAGUCCAUGCCAUCGGAUCUUACCCCUUAUCACAAGGCUGAUCUCCUCCAAGGCGCUGUCAUAGUCUGCAGCUCGUUGGCCCUGAUGACUAUUGACGCUAGCCGGAUGUAUCACUUCAUCCGUGCCCAGUCUGCCAUGAAGUUGUACGUCAUCUUCAACCUCCUCGAGGUUGGAGACCGGCUGCUCUCGGCGAUUGGCCAAGAUAUAUUGGAGUGUCUGUUCAGCUCCGAGACUUUGUCACGAAACAGCCUCGGACGCUCCAAGAUUCUACUCCCAUUUGGCAUGUUCAUACUGUCGCUGAUCUACAAUGUUGUCCAUGCUGUGUGCCUUUUCUACCAGGUCAUCACCUUGAACGUGGCUGUCAACUCAUACUCCAAUGCCUUAUUGUCGCUGCUCAUGUCGAACCAGUUUGUUGAGAUCAAGGGCAGUGUCUUCAAGAAGAUCGAGAAGGAGAACCUUUUCCAGUUGACUUGCAGCGACGUUGUGGAACGGUUCCAGCUGUGGAUUAUCCUGAUCAUCAUAGGUAUGAGGAACAUCGUUGAGGUCGGCGGGCUGUCAGUGCCGGGUGCUGGCAGCGAAGCAGACCCCGGCAUGGCAGGUCCGGGUCCCAUCCACACUUCAUCGAAUCUUCCCGCGAGCUUCACCCUACUGCCGUCAUGGCUAUUCUCCGGGGAAGUGCUCUCCCCGUUUCUCAUCGUCAUUGGAAGCGAGAUGUUGGUCGAUUGGAUCAAGCAUGCAUACGUCAACAAAUUCAACAACGUGAAGCCGACCGUGUACCGCAGAAUGCUUGACAUCUUUUGCAAGGAUUACUACACCAAUGCUUUCGGCGCCCCUGCUCUCACCCGCAGAAUCGGACUUCCACUCCUCCCGCUAUCAUGCCUCUUCAUUCGAGCUUCGGUGCAAAUAUAUCACAUGUUUUUGGCAACCCAUCUCCCUCCUCCCAUGCCGACGGCCACAACGGAGCUUUCUGUCGAGUCUUCUCUCCCUUCCUCGCCAGCCAUGAUAGCAGCUCUUGACCGACUGGACCAUCUACUGCGGAACGCCCUUGGCCGCGCAGUGUAUGGAUCCCCAUACGCCGACGGAGAGCCUCGCUCAUUCUGGUCCUUCACGUCAGACGACGCGGUCGCCCUGCUCACCAUGCUCACCUUCUUUUUCCUCGCCUGGCUCGUCCUGCUUCUCGUGAAGCUCCUCCUCGGCAUGGCGCUGCUGAAGUACGCACGCGAGCGCUACGCCUCCUGCCAGGCCCAAGAGCAGGCCAUCGCCAACGGCCAGGAGAAGCGCGAGAGCUUCUUCCAACCGGGCAAGCGCGUCGGUGGAUGGGGCAUGGUCGAGGUCGGCGACGAGCGCCGCAAGCUGAUCUAUGCGGACGACCCGGAGGGCCUGAAGCGCAUGCGCGAGCGCGAGCGCAAGGGCGACCAAAUGGCCAAGAAGAUGGAGAUUGGUGACGACGGCCUCGAGAAAGUCACGCGGUACGAGAUGAUCGCCAAGCGCAUCUGGUAG